UACAAAUAAACAGUGCAGUUCUUAUUUAUUUCUUUACUGAUAAAACCAUCCGCGAAGAGAAAAAGAGACUUCGACGAACUCGUUCGAUCAAUACACGUUACGAAUUCAGCAAUACAUAAGUUCUUUUUCUCGAUGCUAGCUCCAUGCAUUUUUCCUCCAUUUUAUCGAUUAAGGGGGAUUCUCGUGUAACAGACUUAAAAGAUCGAUUUUUUGUUUAAGCUACGGAAUAAUUGGGGGCUGUUAUCGAAGAUCGAGCGAUCGAGACAGGUCGAUACUAAUUGCCGAUAGAUAGGGUACGCAAAAAUCGAGCUCAACAACGUGGAAUCAAGAACGGCGCAUCGGGGAAAAUUCGCACGCGUUAUCCGCAGAGAAAAGCUGCAAUUUCAUGCGAAUAAAGCGAUUUCCAUCGGAACAAUAUCAAAUCCACGAUGCGUUCGAAUUGGCUGUUGGUGUUCCUGUUUCAAAUAUCCUGGGGAUUCACCGAAAGAGGAGUAUAUUACACCGGACGAAAGGAUUUAUUCGAGCUAUCGGUGAUACACCUAAACGAUUUUCACGCAAGGUUCGUGCAAACGGGACCGCAUUCCGGCACGUGUCACAAGGAAAACGAAAAGGAUUGCGUCGGCGGAAUCGCGAGGGUUUCCACGGCGGUUAAACGAUUAAUCGCGGAGAGACCGAAUCCAAUUUUCCUGAACGCCGGCGACAAUUUCCAGGGGACGCUCUGGUACAAUGUUCAUCGAUGGAACGUGACUGCUGUGUUCAUGAACAUGCUGCCGCACGACGUUAUGACAAUCGGAAACCACGAAUUCGACGAUGAUAUCAAGGGUGUCGUUCCCUUUUUGAAAAGGUUAAAGGCACCAGUUGUGGUGGCCAAUAUAGAUGCCAGCGAGGAGCCAUCGAUGCAGGGUCUCUAUAAAAACAGUACAAUUCUUCUAAGAAAUGGUAUCAAAAUCGGAGUCAUUGGUGUCAUUUUAUCCACCACAAACACGAUAUCCGUCACCGGGAAGUUAAAGUUUUUGGACGAGGUAAAAUCGGUGAACGACGAGGCGUUGAGACUGAAAUCUCAGGGGGUCGACAUUAUCAUUGUUUUGAGCCACUCUGGAUUGGACGUGGAUAGAAAAAUGGCCGCCCAGUGUCCUUUGGUCGACGUGAUUGUUGGUGGACAUUCGCACACGUUCCUUUACACUGGUAAGCCUCCAUUCAUCGACACCCCCGCAGACAAGUACCCGGUGGUGGUGGUUCAAGAAAACACCAAGAGAACAGUCCUGAUUGUUCAGGCGGCAGCGUACACCAAGUAUUUGGGGAACUUAACGGUCUGGUUUGACGAGGAGGGCGAAGUGGCUGAUUGGACCGGAAAUCCAAUUCUUCUUGAUUCCUCCGUCGAAGAGGAUCCAGCGAUGCUGCAAGCUUUGGAACCCUGGAGAGCACCUGUGGAUGAAAAGGAGUCGUCAAAAGUUGGUCGAUCGAAAGUUUACUUGGACAAUAAAUGCCGCAGAAGCGAAUGCAAUUUGGGGAAUUUAAUCACAGAUGCAAUGGUGGAUGCUUACGUGGAGCGGGCUGAAAAUCAGACUUUCUGGACGUAUGCUGCUGUCGCGUGUAUGAAUCCCGGAGGAAUACGUGCUCCUAUCGAAUCAGUUAAUCAGGACAUCACUUUUGGUGAUUUGAUGAUGUCCCAGCCCUUUGAGAACACGUGGGACAUCCUCGAAUUAAACGGCAGUUGCAUCAUGCAGAUUCUGGAGUUGAACGGAAUUUUAGUAUGGUCGGGACUGAAAGUGACCUACAACGAGACCAACAACAUCAGAACCGCGAUGGACGUCCAAAUAAGGUGUCGCGCGUGCGAAGUGCCAAAAUUUGAGCCGUUGAAGCUCGACAUUUGGUACAGAAUAGUGGUUCCAUCCUUCUUGGUUCGCGCUGGCGAUGGAUAUCACCCUUUUACAACCUGCGGCAUCAAUCACAACGUCGGAGAAGCGGAUGCAGAACAAUUGGCAAAAUAUAUGAAGAAAAUGAGCCCGAUUAUAGUCGGUCUAGAUCGCCGAGUGAUAUUCAUGAAUGGGAAUAAAAUAUAGUUCAAUUAA